CUCCCCAAGACGAACCAACCCAACCCAACCCAUUCUUAUCCCAUCCCGUCACCUUUAAUUUCGCCUUAGUUACGCCGCAUCGUGUGAUCACUUGGUAAGUCUCCCAUUACUUCACCCAUUGCUGCUACAUGCCUGGUCCAGGCGCCUUUCAGCUCCACCUGAUCAGCAGCUUCCCCGGGAAUAGAAUCAUUCAAAUAAAGACCUGUCCGCUGACCUUGAGUAGCCUGUCUCCAAGUUCACCUUCCACCUCAUCGUCAUCAUCCAUCGACACCACAUUUGACGACAAACAAAGUAAUCCUCUUUACUACUUCAUCUACGACUUCGAGAGUCAUUAUUACAACUACACCCAACAACACAAAUCCAAGACACAGCAACCACCACCAACAAUGGCUCCCAAGAAGAUCCGCUGCAAGCACAACGAGUGCAAGGAGGCUGUUCAGAGGAUGUUCGGAGACUGCGGUUUCUGCCAAACUCAAUACUGCGCCAAACACAGAUUACCCGAAGAUCACUCAUGUUCUGGUCUGGAAGCCGUAAGUGUUUGCCUGGUGGCGUUUCUGUCGAGUCUGUCUUCUCAUGUACUUGUGACUAACACUACUCGCCAUCUGCAGGUCCGAAAGGCAGCCCAUGAACAGAAUGCCAACCAGCUGAACCAGGAGCGAACCCAAACCAUCAAGGUCGCUUAAUGAAGCCGGCUCCCGCAAAGACUUGGGCUCCUUCAAAUCACUGCGACACCGUCUUCUUGGUCGACUGCAUUCGAGUCAUCAUAUUCGAGUCGCGACAGACGGCCGACAAACGCCCCACAUCGCCACCUAUACCACUACUCCACUGCUUCUGUACGGCGUUAUGGGCAUAUUUUGAUUUUACACAGCGCUGCAAUGAUUGAUUCUACGGUGGCGCUGGCGGCUGCAAUUGCAUCUGCACCAUGAUAUUCCUGAUCUUUCUGCGGAUCUAUCCCAUUUGGGGAGUCACCAAGAUCUUGCCCUUUAAAGGGGCUUCUGUACAUAGCUCCCCCAAUGAAAGAGUUAUUUUGAGACAAGCUAUCGACAUUGUCAUGUCACAAGCGAUCCCGUAGACAAGUUGUUGCAUCUGGAUGUUGAA